CGGACUGGAGCUGGCGCGGCCGUCCCCUCCCCCACCCCCGCCGCCGGAGGGGAACCGGCAGCCGCGGCUGCUCGGGCCGGCGGGGUAGGUAGUCGUCAUGGAGUACCCGUGGGAUGAGCUGACCCUGGCCUUUUCCCGCACGUCCAUGUUUCCCUUUUUUGACAUCGCCCACUACCUGGUGUCGGUGAUGACGCUGAAGCAGCGGCCAGGAGCAGUGGCUACGGCCUGGAGUAACCCGCUGUCCAGCUGGUUCAGCGCCAUGCUCCAUUGCUUUGGCGGGGGGAUUUUAUCCUGUAUCCUGCUGGCAGAGCCGCCGCUGAAGUUUCUUACAAACCACACUAAUAUUUUGCUGGCAUCUUCAAUCUGGUAUAUUGUAUUUUUUUGCCCACGUGACCUAGUUUCCCAGGGCUAUUCAUAUCUACCUAUUCAACUCCUGGCUGCGGGAAUGAAGGAGGUGACGAGAACUUGGAAAAUAGUAGGUGGAGUCACACAUGCUAGUAGCUAUUACAGAAAUGGCUGGAUAGUCAUGAUAGCUGUUGGAUGGGCCCGAGGUGCAGGUGGUGCUAUUGUCACAGCUUGUGAACAGUUGCUAAGAGGGGACUGGAGACCAGAAGGUGAUGAGUGGCUGAAGAUGUCCUUCCCUUCCAAGGUCACGCUGCUGGGGUCAAUUAUGUUCACUUUCCAGCACACUAAGCAUCUGGGAAUAUCAAAGCACGAUUUCAUGUUCCUUUACACCGUCUUCCUUGUGUCCAUAAAGGUAACCAUGAUGCUGACAGCGGACUCUGCCAUGACUCUCGCUCCCUUGGAGGACACCUUGAGUCGGAUGCUGUUUGGCCGGCGACAGCAGCAGUUCUCACCAAGUGAAAAGAAAGCAGAAGCGAAACCGUCUUCCAAUGGCUCUGCCUCUUCAGUGUCCAAGCCAGCUGCAGAGACUCCGCGUGCUGCUAAGAGACACACCAAGAAAGAAGACUGAGGACUUUGCCCAAGCCAAGGAGCAGACAGAGUUACUUCUGGUUCAGAGUGUGGUCGCCUUUCUCUGUGAAUGAUGUGAAACAACCUUAUCUGUCAGGACGGAGGGGACAGACAGGAAGAAAUGCUUUGUUUCAGGGACACCGCUCUGUUGAUUGUAACUCUGGGGGCCAUGAGUGUAUCAUGUGAAUUUAUUUUCCUGGUAUAAGCGAUUCUCAUAAUUAUUUGAAUAGUUUUAUAUUGAGCAAAGAAUAAUUUUUUAAAUGUUAGAAAAAGUUCACUUGUUAUUGCAAAAUUCUAAGGAUUUAACACAAAAAUUCAGUAUUUUUUUAUCCUUUGAAUGAGUCUAAUUGUGUUUUAAUUCUACAGAAUUAAACUUUUACUUCAUAUUUCUAGUAUAAUUCUUGUAUAUAAAAAAAUAUUUCUAUUUAAUUUUGAACUUGGAGAACUUUUCCUAAAUACUUUUUAACCAAAAAUAAACAGAUAGUGUAUAUUUGUUGUAUAAAUUUGUUUUAUUUAUCUUAUACACAUUAAAAGUACCUGAAAUUUAAUUUAUUUUAUUUCAAGUAUUAUUUUUCAGGGAGGCCACAAUGUUAAUAUGAGUCUCAGUUUGAAAUUUGUUUCAUGUCCUUGAUUUAAAAAUUAUUUUUCCUCAGAAAAGCAGAGCUACAAUUUGUUAUCUUUUUCUUUUUGCAAUAAUAGUUUCACUCUGUGGCCCAGGCUGGCCUCAAACCUCCUCCUACCUCUGCCUCCCAAGUGCUGGGAUCAUGGGCACGGGCCACCAUGCCAGGCUAGGGGUGCAGUUUUUAGUGUUAAUAGUACUGUGUUUGGAACCUGCAGCGUUUCGUCUG